UUCACUCUUCCGGUGUGUUUUCCGGUUAGCUAGCUGGCGCAUCUGCAGCAUCCGAAGCGGCAGACGAGAAUCGCUAUGAGCAACACGCUCAUUUCUGCCUGAAUUUGAUUCUGUCCGAUUAAAACCGAACCGCAUCCGUUCACCGUUCACCGGCAGGCCUCCGACGUAGCGCGCAGAUGAGAUGUGUCACGCGUCUGAGCAGGUUUUGCAGGAAUGCUAGCGUUAGCGCCUAGCUGACUGUGUGGAAUUUAAAUUAUAAUUUUUUCAUCAAACAAGAGACGAAAUAAUAUGAUUAUGGGCGUUUAAUUCAUGAAAUUAUCCAUUAUUCUGAUCAAUAUCUGCAUGUCAUCUGUUUUUCCGUGAAAAGUGGUUGGUUUUUCAGAUGUUAAUGAGCUGCACAGCUGGCUGAUGAUGGAGAGUUUGACUUUCAUCCAUCAAAACACUAUUUUCUCUUCGCUUUACGUUUGAAGGUUCAUUUUUCAACAGGGUUUGAAUGUUUACAUUAAUUUGAGCUGGAUUUAAAUAUUUAUAUCGUGAUUUGGGCCCGUGUCCCUUAUAUAGACACUAGACAAACACUUUAAUCAUAUCAGGCCAUCACUGAUUGACGCUGUUUAUUUGGAUAUACUCAACUGUGAUGUAUUAAUCUAGCACAUAUACUGUUUGUUUUUAUUUACUAGUACGUUUUUGUUGCUAUGCGGUUCAUUUAAGCUGUGAUCAGCACCAGAAUUGGGCUGCGAGUCCAUGUUUGACAGUCACAGCUGAUCUAGACCUCUGGCACCAGAACAACCAAGCCACUUCAGUUUCUUAUAGACACAAAUAAGUAGUUAGGGGAUCGUUAAUACAUCAUGAAGAAGUUCUUUGACUCCCGGAGGGAGCUGGUGGGCUCUGGACCCGGUUCUGGAGGGGGAGCUGGAGGUUCUGGAUCCAGCAGCAGUGUUGGUGGGAAUUUCAUCGGACGGGCUUUCACUGUAGGAAGACACCAGGUCACUGUAGAAGAAACUCUGGCAGAAGGUGGCUUCGCUAUUGUCUUCCUGGUGCGGACCAAUCAGGGAGUGCGCUGUGCCCUAAAGAGGAUGUACGUUAACAAUGAACAUGACCUGCAGGUCUGCAACUGUGAGAUCCAGAUCAUGCGGGAUCUCAAUGGUCAUAAGAACAUCGUUGGGUUCCUGGACUCCAGCAUCACGGCUGUAGGAGGUGGAGAAGUGUGGGAGGUGUUUAUCCUCAUGGACUUCUGCAGAGGUGGUCAGGUGGUGAACCUGAUGAACCAGCGUUUGCAAACAGGCUUCAGCGAACAGGAAGCGCUCCAGAUCUUCUGUGACACUUGUGAGGCUGUGGCACGUCUGCACCAGUACAAAACUCCCAUAAUCCACCGAGACCUCAAGGUGGAAAACAUCCUCCUUCAUGACAGAGGACACUAUGUUCUGUGUGAUUUUGGUAGCGCAACCAUGAAGUUCCAGAACCCCCAGAAUGAAGGAGUGACUGUGGUGGAGGACGAAAUUAAAAAGUACACAACUCUGUCCUAUCGCGCUCCUGAAAUGGUGAAUCUGUACAAUGGCAAAAUCAUCACCACUAAAGCAGACAUCUGGGCAAUGGGCUGUCUGCUCUAUAAACUCUGUUUCUUCACAUUGCCCUUUGGCGAGAGUCAGGUGGCCAUCUGUGAUGGGAACUUCACCAUUCCAGACAAUUCCCGCUACUCCCCGGACAUGCACCGUCUCAUCCGGUACAUGCUGGAACCGGACCCUGAUAAGAGGCCUGACAUUUAUCAGGUGUCCUACUUUGCUUUCAAACUUGGCAGACGGGACUGCCCUGUCCAAAACAUCAAGAAUUCUCCCAUUCCUGCUAAACUUCCUGAGCCAAUCCGAGCGAGCGAAGCAGCUGCGAAGAAGAGCCAAACUCAGACCAAGGCGAGACUUACAGACCCCAUUCCCACCACUGAAACCUCCAUCACCCCACGCCAGCGGCCCAAAGCUGCACAAUCCCAGUCUCAGGGACUAGGGGGCAUCCUGCCCAUCCAGCCUGCUGCCCUGACCCCACGCAAGAGAGCCAACUUACCCGCCGGGGCCACUCAGCCGAUAGCUGUCAGUGUGAAUUUGGCUCAGCCAUUUGCAACGCUACAGUCUCAGAAAGCCCAGACGUCUCCGGCCCCUCAGCAGAAAACGCCCAUGCAGCCCAUCCACGUCACAGCCGCGGCCGUAGGAGGGGUUGUUCCAGUUGCAGCUGUCAGCCCUGCCCCUCAGAAAGCUGUAGCCACUCCUCCUCCAUCCAGCCCCGUCCCACCCACCGCGCCUGCACGGAGCGCCCGUCGUAAACAGGCGUCUGCGGCUCAGCAGCAGCCGGUGCCCGUCCAGCCCACUGCCACUCAGCCGGCUGGUGCCCCACCUCCAGCACAGGCUGAGCCUGCAGCAGUGCCGCCCACUGUCCAGCAGCCAGAACCUCAAUCCCAAAUCAGCCCAGAGAAGGCAGAAGAGAGGCCUGCGGCCCCUGGCCUGUCCCAGACUCCUCCUUCGUCCCCAAGGAUGGCCCAGAAGGCGGGGCACAGACGCAUCCAGAGUGAUGUUACUCACAGCGCUAUGUUCGGUGUGCCAGUCAGCCAGUCCACUCAGCAGCUGCAGGCAGCCACAGCAGAGGCCAGCCUUAACAAGUCAAAGUCAGCCAGCGCCACCCCAUCCAAUUCUCCCCAGUCCUCCCAGCAGAGUGUGUACCAGGCUGCCCAGCAGGGCAGUACUUCUGUCCCUCAAGCUCCUGCCUCAGCUGCUAGCCUGACAAGCCCCCCAGACCAGCCCACCUGGAAUCCUUUUGGUGAUGACAAUUUCUCCAAACUCACGGCUGAGGACCUACUCAACAAAGACUUCACCAAACUAGCUGAUGAACCUGUUGAACUUCUGAUUGUCGCUACUGAGAGUCUUAUUCCCGGGCUGGAGGCUGCAGAACCUGCUCCUCCAUCUUCUGCUGAAAGACCUGUUGACAUUCUGGGCUUGGAAUCAGGAGUUGGUUUGCUAGCUGUGCCAGAGAAACUGAUAGAGGGCCUGAAGUCUCCAGAUACCUAUCUCAUGCUGCCUGAUCUGCUGUCAAUGGCUGACCCCUUUGGUAGCUCCAUUGAUGACACUAGAGAUGCCAAAACGGAAGUGUGCUUGGACUCUCUGAUUCCUGGCUUGGAGCCCCCUCAGGCUCAGCUACACCCUGUGGAGGCAGAUCCAGUAUCAUCAGCACUGGGAGACCCUUUGAUUGGAGAGGACUCCUUGCUGGGCUGUUCUCUCCCCUCUGGCUCCGCCUCCUGUCUGGAUGACUUUGCACCUGUUUCAGGAGGCCCCUCCCAGAAUAUAUCAGCUGCAGACUUCUGUUUGAUCUCGGGCUUUGAGACUCCGCAUGCUGAGACAGCCAAUGAAGAUGAAUUUGACCCCAUACCAGUACUGGUCUCCAAAAACUCCCAAGGAGGUCACUCUCGCAGUAACAGUGGCAGCUCUGAGUCCAGCCUGCCCAACCUGGCCCGUUCCCUGCUGCUGGUGGACCAGCUCAUCGACCUCUAGACCGUACAGAUAAUUCCUGCUGUGCUGAAGAUGAUGCCAGCCGCUGUAGUCUUCUGCCUUUAACCAUGAAUCCCUCCUGCUCUCCUUUGUCCUGUCCUCCACCCUCUUUUAUGGUCCAUUUCCCUCUUUAAUCAGUUCUUCAUCAUUCCGUCACUUCAGUUCACAUCUUACGUUUUGUUCUUUCCCUGCCGCUGUUGUCCAUCAGUUCUCGUCAUCCUCAUCAUCAUCGCUCAUUUGAUUUGACAUACUCCACUUUCCUCCCCCGCACCAUGACGUUUAUCUCCCUGAUGAGUUUGUUCAACUUUUUUCGUUCAACUCUGGUGCGACCUUUUUCUACAGGCUCAAAAUCUGGUUUCCUCCUGCGUCCAUAUCUGUUCUUCCUUUGUACAUGCACAUUUUUCAUCUGCGACGCAGUCAAGAGUGAGAGCGUUGAGCUUCAAACAUCAAAAUUGUUCUUCUCCAGUCUUUAGCCGUGUCUUCAGUGGCACUCAGGAAGUUCUUCUCCAGAUUAAACACGCAUGGGUUUUAGACUCAAGCAGUUGGCUCCCUCCAGACAGAAAAUAAAGUACAAAAUGAAACAAAUGUUUACAGGAAGGAAUAUUUUCCAUGGAUGUUUACAGACCGGCAGGUAGGCAAGCACAGCUUGUGAGAAUUUAUCUUAACCCAGGCUGACCGCAGGGUGUGAACAGAUCCUAAAACUUCAUGUAGAGUGAUUUUAAAACUUCAAAACCGGCUAGAAGCUCCUCAUUGCCAUCAGUGGUACUCGUUCGCCAUCUCAUGACCUCCAUACCAUAUUUUCUCUGUUAUUUCUUUGUAAAUGGCUCUAUUGAUGUUGUACGUUGACUUGAAACAAUGGAAAUUGGUGUAUAUCUGCAGUAUCCAACCCUCCCGCCCUCAAAAGUGAUUUGUUCUCCUGUGUAUAAAGCAUCUGGUCCAAAUGUCCAGCGAUUCCUUCAGAGAUCCCAGUCUUACCCCGUAGUAUACAUUAUGAGAUAAUUUAAAAGAAAUAUUUCAUAUACGAUUAAGAUUAUAUGUGAAUAUGAAUAGUGUUAGAGAAUGAAUGUAUGAAUCGAGUAUCCAUAUAUAAAUGCAGAUAUGUGUAUAUGAAACCUAUUUAAGAGGAAACUUUAUCUCUUUGUUCUGUGUGUUGAGACGUGUUUGCGAAUGUAAAUUGUCGGUUUCAUCUUCUAACGGCCAGAUCGUCAUUGCUGAACAAAGUCGAUUAAGAAAAGAGGACAAUCUUGAAGCGUCCUGACACGGUUUAACGCCAUUCGUGAGCAAAUCGACUGGAUUUGUUUUCGGUUUUUCGCUGCCUUUUAUUCUCAGAUGUUUAUAGUCAACAAAAACAGGUUGUAGUCUUGAGGGAAAUGCUCUACAAUCCUCAAUGGCGUACGUAUUCAAAUCAUCCUCGAAACUACAGCCCGAUGCCAUGCUUUCUUGCACAAUCCUCGUGAAUCAGACGCAUAUCGAAGCAUGGCAGUGUUUAUGAAUAUGAAGUUAAGACAUGUCUGUGGCCAAUCUUCAUAUCAGUACUGUACGUAUGUGUGUGCGUGUAUGUGUGGACGUGAGGUAAAUAAAUAGCUAGUCUUAGUUGUUGAAAGUGGUGAGGUCGUUCUGUCUUUGACAUGGUUUAUCUGCUUCAUUCGGACAGCUGGACCCACAGCAGGCACCUCUGUUUCAAGCACAGGUUCUCUUUUCAUUCACAGAGUCAUUAGACUGCCCGAUUGAGAGCAUGGAAAAUGCUCGCAUUGAUGCUGUACGAUAUUAGCAGACUCCCAAUCACUGGCUGCCAUACUAAAGAAUUGGAAGUUCUUUGAUCAGAUCCAAAAAGGGGGUAAAAAAAAAAAAAUCAGCUUGUUGACAUUGAAUCUGUAAAUGGCAUUUGAAAUGAAUUUGAGACCGCGGUUGGCAUUUCACGAGGGCAACUGCAGUAGGCCUGGGCGGUCCCAUAGAGAUUUUGCUAUACUUGCAUCACUUUAGAUGUAUUUGCACAGUUAUAAAAUAUUAACCACUUUUCCCAUGCUGUCAAAUUUGACUUAUGUGAUCAGAAAAGUUGGAACUUCCUGUUUUGUUUAUUUCUUACUUGCAUAAGAUUAAGUUUUAUGUUUCCAUUUGAUGCCAGAUAUACCC